AUCGAAGACCAUCUUGCCCUCUCUUCGAUGAACGUUAUUUUGAGGUUAGAGUCCACUACUAGUUAACAGUGACGGUGCUAGAUGGCACAUAACUAUCGAAAGCUGAUGCAGAUUCUAUGGAUGCGGGCCUCUUGGUAUCGUAGAUGGAAAUUGAGGACCGACGAAGAGGUUAGAAUCCGAUGCCUUUAGGGGUGAAGCCAGAGUGUGUAAAGUGCGGGGCUCGCGAAACCCCGCUGUGGCAUGCAACUGAGGCCGGUAACCUGUGCAAUCAAUGCCUUGAAGAUGAAAGAAAUACGAGCGAAAAUUCCUCUUCAAAGACCGAGGAGGAAGACAAAGCUGGAUCGUCCAAGCCUGCGAGGAAGAGCACCAGGGUCACGCGAUAUUGUAAGCCGAAGGCUAAUGCCCCUGUAAAAGCAGUGCCGAAAGGCAAAGGUCGUCGUCACAUAUUUAAGAAGACGAUCCCUUAUGUUUCGAGCAAGGAUUCAUGCCAGAGUUUAUAUUUUCAGCCCAUAAAAGCACCAACAGCUGUGGCUACGCCAGUUACCAGUGAUUUUGUCUUUUACAAAGGAUCGUACUUUCAAAUAGGUGAUAUAGUCUCUAUGAGAGACGUGGAUGGAGGUCUUUACUACGCUCAAAUCAGAGGCCUCCUCACGGAUCAGUAUUGUGAGAAGAGUGCAGCAGUAACAUGGUUACUGCCCACGACCGCGAGCCCACCACCCGAAGAAGGUUUCAGUCCGGAAACGUACAUUAUCGGACCGGAAGAGGAUUUGCCCCGUAAACUGGAAUGCAUGGAGUUCAUAAUGCAUGCACCAUCCGAUUACUAUAAAUUGAAGAAUACUCCAUAUCCUCCUCCACUCACAGAAAAUGGUGCUGGUUAUACAUGGACGACAUUACGGAAUGAGUUAAUUGCUGGCAAAAAGUGAUUUCCUAGUUUAAUUCCCAUCUCCCUUAAAUAAUGUACAUAAAAAACGAAACGUGUGUUAAAUUAUGGCACAUUUGGGAUAUUCUCCUGUUUGGGUUAUUGAUAGAUUAAGACGAAUACAUCUACUGCAUUUGGUACCUGGAAAUUGAUAAAAGAGGUAAUGCUCAAAACUAACUCGUUCUGUUAUCAGGACGAAAUUUUAAUGAUAAGUGAAGUAUGAUACAGGGCGUAAUUGUGACGAUUUAGAUAACAAGGGUACGCGUUAAGUUAUGUUCGCUACCUAUUGGUACCUAACAAUUCAGAGUACAACGAAAAUCGUUUCUGAUAAGUUUCCAAUUAUAUCUUUCAAAAUCAGCUGCUUUAAUCACAUCAUUAAAAAAGUAAGGUUAGACAGAACAAGUCAAUUUUUUCAAGUUUUGAAACUGUAGACUCUCACACUUUUAUAUUAAACUAGAUUAUUUUUGGUUCUCGUGCUUCAUAUCUGACAUUAAUAAUUUUCGGCAAAGUAAUAAUUUCUUAAAAAAUUUAACGAGUAUCGUAACGCAACAAAGGGUGGAUAGCAAUGAUUACAUUUAUAACUGGUGAACUAGGGAAACUUAAUGAGUUAUAAAAAAAUAAGUAGCAUCUAUUCUAUUUUUAUUAACUCUAUUUAUUAAUUGUGAAAUUAUGUUAACUAUAUAGUGUACUUUAUAAAUGUAAUUUAUAAUACCAUUGUUAUUACACUACAGUGUAAUUAGUGCUGGUCAUUUCUAGUUUUGCCAGGGGAAAGGUAAUUAAUAUUACAAGGAGUGCAACGAAUCUCGAUCGGGCUUAUUUAAUUUCGUAUAAAAAUUUAAACCCUGUGAAAAUAUUGGGCAACGGUAAACAAAAGAGGUGUUAGAAUAAUGUAGGUUUCCGCAAGAAGAGAUAAAGUUAUUUCUGUAAACUCACUUCAGUGAUUAUUUAACAAUAUAAUAUUUAUUAAAUACAUCUUUCAUACGAUGUAACAUUCAUGUUCAAUGUUUUCAAUAGGUACGUUCAUUGGUAGGUCUCCUUAAUGUCUAAUAUUAUGUAUGGUGUCGGAACAGAUUAAAUAAUAUGUAAUAUUAUUAAGAAUAAUACAUAAUAUUUACGUCGAUCUAGUUUUACGUGAUUGAUAGAGUAAUGUAAAUAAUCGAGCAAUUAUACUGACACAUAAUAUGAAUGUUGCUCACAAUGUGCUCUUCGUUAUGUAUAACUUUUAUAUCAUACAAUUUACAAUCAUUCGGAA